AUGCUGCGAAAACUCACCGUGGAUCAGAUCAAUGACUGGUUCACCAUUGGCAAGGCUGUCUCUGGGGUGGAGUUUUUGGGGGGCGACCCCCGUGCUGCACUGUCUGGUGGAUUUGCAAAACAGCCGCCGCCCCCCGCCUUUGUGUAUGUCAAUGCAGUACUAGAUCUGCGGCUCAGCGCACAGCCUGGGCAGAGUGCUGGCACAGAAUAUGUGGAGAGAUACAGACAACUGGAGGCAAAUGAACUCGGUGCAUCAAACAGCAAAUGUCCUCCAUGUGAACCAGCUCCACCUCAGCCAUCUCCGAGUGACUCCAAUGCCGUGGCUUGCAAACCAAUUGACAAUUACACAUACCCAAGUUUACCCAUCUUAAAGUACAAGGAAAAGAUAAUUUCCUUGAUCGAAAGCAACUCUGUGGUAAUUGUGCGGGGAGCUACCGGUAGCGGCAAAAGCACUCAGCUUCCUCAGUAUGUCUUGGAUCGCUGUGCGCAGCGCUCUGUCUACUGCAAUAUUGUGGUUACUCAGCCCAGGAAAAUUGGUGCCAGCAGCAUUGCAAGGUGGAUCAGCAAGGAGCGGUCAUGGCCCCUGGGGGAACUGGUCGGAUACCAGGUUGGUUUGGAGAAAGUGGCAUCAAACGACACAAGAUUGAUUUACAUGACGACUGGAGUUCUCCUUCAGAAAAUAGUUGGGGGCAAAAGCCUUGCGGAGUUCACUCACAUCUUCAUAGACGAAGUGCACGAGCGCACGGAAGACAUGGAUUUCUUGCUGUUGGUGGUUCGUAAAUUGUUGCGCACCAAUUCACGAUUUGUGAAGGUGAUUCUAAUGUCUGCAACCAUCAACUGUCAAGAGUUUGCUGACUAUUUUGCUGUUCCAGUUCGCAACAGACUAUGUCCUGCCUACAUGUUUGAAGUAGAAGGCAAGCCCCAUGCAAUCGAAGAAUAUUAUCUGGAUGACUUGAAGCCGAUCUUCAGUCACAUCAGGAUUCCUCCACUGGUUGUCGAGGAGCCACUGAUACAUGUAGAGAUGUACAAAUUUGCAGGCGCUAUGAUCCAGUGGUUUGACGAGCUGGAAAUGAAGGAGAGCGGGAUGGAGCAACACUGUUUGGAUCUUAUGUCAGAUCGUGGCAGUGUGUUGGUGUUCUUACCAGGUUUGGCAGAAAUAAACUACAUGCACGAACUGCUUACAAACAUGGUCCAUAAAAGGUUACAAGUCUAUCCGCUCCAUUCCAGCGUCACGCUGGAAGAACAGAAUAACGUGUUUUUGGCUCCGGUUCCUGGUUACCGGAAAAUCCUUCUGUCUACAAACAUAGCUGAGAGCUCUGUGACUGUUCCAGAUGUCAAAUACGUCAUCGAUUUCUGUCUAACCAAAAUGCGAGUUUGCGAUGAAGACACUAACUAUCAAAGCCUGCGGCUGUGCUGGACUUCUAAAAACAGCUGUAAUCAGAGGAGAGGUCGUGCCGGUCGUGUUUCAAAAGGAUACUGCUACAGGCUAGUAUACAAAGACUUCUGGGCAGACUGCAUACCCGAUAGCUCUGUUCCUGAGAUGUUGCGCUGCCCAUUGGAGAAUACUGUGCUAAAGGUAAAGCUACUUGACAUGGGAGAGCCCAGAGCUUUGCUGGCGACAGCCCUGUCUCCACCCAGUAUCAGUGAUAUUGAACGCACCAUUCUACUGCUCAAAGAGAUAGGAGCCCUUGCGGUCGGUGUCCCUUCUGAUGACGCAAAUCCUUACGAUGGUGAGCUGACAUUCCUGGGAAGGGUGUUGGCACAGUUACCCGUAGACCAGCACCUUGGCAAACUCAUAGUCCUUGGCAAUGUCUUUGGGUGUCUGGAAGAAUGUCUCAUAAUAGCUGCAGCCCUUUCCUUCAACAACUUCUUUGCGAUACCUUUCAGACAACACCUUGAUGGAUACAGGAAUAAGCUGCAUUUUUCUGGGAACAGCAAGAGCGAUUGCAUUGCGCUCGUCAUGGCAUUUAAGGAGUGGCAGGAAAGCAGGCAAAAAGGAAAGCUCAGGCAUCCCAAGGAUGAACUUGAUUGGGGCCGUUCCAAGUAUAUUCAUAUAAAACGAAUUAGAGAGGUGGCUGAACUGUACGAGGAGUUGAAAAAGAGAGUCAGCGAAUUCAACAUGCAUGUUAACCCGCAACCCCCUGCCAUGGAUCGUGACUAUGUGUAUAAGCAGCGCUUCAUUUUGCAGGUCGUAAUGGCUGGUGCUUUCUACCCAAAUUACUUUGCUUUGGGGCAAAAUGAUGAAGAAAUUGCUGCAAGGGAGCUGUCAGGCAAGGAUCCCAAAACAACAGUUAUGUUAAAGAGCAUGCCCUCCUAUGGCUUUCUCUACUAUAAACAACUGCAGUCACUGUUUAGACAGUGUGGCCAAGUUAAAACCAUUUCCUAUGAUGGAGCCAAAGCUUUUAUAGAGUUUUCCCGGAAUCCAACAGAACGCUUUAAAACACUUCCUGCUGUGUACAUGGCCCUGAAGAUGGCACAACUGCGGAAUCAAUUUGAACUUAAUGUACAUUUGUCAGAAGAGAUUGAAGAGAAAAUGGACAGGGGAUCAAGUAUGAUCGUGAGGGGCACACGUGUGAAGGUGGAUUUUCAGAAGCAUACCGUGGCUCCCGUACAAAAGUUUUGCAGUACUUCAGAAAAAUUGCAGACCAUUACAAGCCUUGAUUUGUCGAUCAAUGUCACAGAGGUGGUGGAGGUUGGACACUUCUGGGGUUACAGAAUCGAUGAAAAAAAUAUCACUUUAUUAAAAAAUCUGUCUGCAGAGAUCAACCAGCUAGACCUAAAGCCUCUUUCAGUCCGUCCCUAUCCAGACUUGGUUUGUAUGGCACCGUUUACAGAGUGGGGAAAUGAAAAAUACUACAGAGCCCAGAUCCUGUACGUGUCUGGAGAGAGUGCUGAGGUUUUCUACGUAGACUAUGGCAAUAGAUCCAAAGUGGCGUUGGACGACCUGCGAGGGAUUCCAGAUCACCUUCGAGAGCUUCCUUUCCAGGCUUUGGAAUUUAAGGUGCGCAGAAUGCGGCCUUCUGCUCAAUCUUUAGUAUGUGGAGAGCAGUGGAGCUAUGCAGCGAGCCAGAGGUUUGCUUCGUUGGUCAACCACUGUGCGCUGAUAGUGAAGGUCUUUUCAGUUGUGCACAGCGUCUUGCACGUGGAUGUGUACCGGCAUUCCGGGAUUACGGAUGUUGUGAAUGUCCGAGACGUACUGAUUCAAGAAUGCCAUGCAGAAUUGUCGGAAGACUCCUAUGAAUCAAAAGUAAGCAACGAAACUCUCAAGCAGCUGUUUGCGAAGCCAGAUGCAAAAAGGGGAAGAUCAGCUGCUGAGAAUAACGCAAUAGAGGAGAAAGAGGAGCGCCUGAUGAAAGCGUUGUUGGAUGGCUGCACCAUCAAUAGGCUUGGGGCUCCCAGCUGCAAGGCAGUUCUGCUUGGUCCAUACAAUCCGUACAAUCUGAGGGUCAGCAGUAUGACCAGGAUCUCCCGCUUCAGAACGGUCUUAGUAGAGAAAGACAGCAUCAGUUCUGUGAUUGUUGACGAUUCCCCCGAGGAUUCCUUUCAGCAAAUCCUGGUUGCUGCAUCCAUAGCGGUAAACUCAACAGGAUCUACCAUGUUGCUAAGGGAGACUUCUAUCAUGCCUCGUAUUCCUGGACUGCCGGCUUUGCUUAGCAUGCUGUUUGCUCCUGUGAUAGAUCUUAGGGUUGAUGAGAGCAGAAAGAGGUACAUUGGUGUCCUUUGUGGCCUGGGGUGGAACCACGCUCUUGGAACCCCGGUCCUUCCAGACCAUGACAUGGAACUUGCAUUUGACGUGCAGAUUAAUGCUGAUGAUAUAACACAGAUAAACAUCCUAAGAAAGGCCAUUAACAAGUUAGUCAGUGACGGCCCUCAUGGCCUGUUACAUCUGGGUAACGAGAGAAUCGCUCAGUUACAGAACACUGCUCGCCAGAACCUUUUAAGCUUGAUUUGCAAACCACAGCCUCGGGAAGUAAUUCCUCCUAAGUGGUAUGCAAAGCCAUAUGAGUGGAGCCAGCCGAAGAUGAAGUUUGUCAUCGACCAGUCUGAAGUGCGGGAUAUGAGAGAGAAGAAUGCGUCCCUUUAUCAGUUGCAUAAGUUGAUUCUGUUAAACACCUGA